AUAUUUGAAUUAAAUCUUUAAAUAUUACUCCUAUUAUCCAUCACUACAUUUUAUCCGCAAAAAAUCAUCAUAUUAGAUUCUUACUCUUACAACUUAAGCGUAAUUUCACUCUUCUGUAUAUGAUCUUUCUCUGAUUCCAAAACCUCCAUGUCUCCACCACCAACAAUUACGCCAUCAUCAAACCUUUUUCUCCGACCUCCUUCUCUCUCCUCUCUCCUCUUCUCCGACCUUCUCCUACGUCCGCCAUGCUCUCCGCCAUCUUCGACACUCUCUCUCCACCGGAACUUCUACUUCGCACCUCUUCCUGCGAUUGCUGUCAAGGUUGUGUCUAAAUCAAGAUGUUUUGCUGAAUCUACAGCUGAAGAUCAGCUUAGUGAUUCUGAGGCUCGUGUUGCUGGAGACAUUGAUGUCGAGGAGAAAGAUAAAUCAAGUGAUGUUAAAAUUGAUCAUUUUUCGGUUAGUAAUAUUUCUAAGACGAACAAUUCACCGUCUUCUGACUUGCUCUCGCUUGGAAUUCCUGAACCUGUUUAUCAGGUGGUAGAGGUAAAGUCGGAUGGAAUGAUAUCUACUAAAAACAUUAAUAGAAGACAUUUGCUUAAAUCUAGUGGUCUUCGUCCUCGUGAUAUUCGUAGUGUUGACCCAUCUUUGUGGUUGACGAAUUCAAUGCCUUCGUUACUGGUUCGGGAGCAUGCUAUUCUACUGAACUUGGGCUCAUUAAGGGCUAUAGUGAUGCAGGAACGCGUCCUCAUAUUUAACUACAAUAGGAGGGGAGGGAAAGAUUUCAUUGAUUCAUUAUUGCCUCGUUUGAAGUCUGAAAAUUCAAAUGGAGUGCUGUCUAUGCCGUUUGUGCUAGAGGUUGUUGAAGCUGCUUUGGUUUCAAGAAUUCAGCGCUUGGAGCGAAGAAUGAUGGAAGUAGAACCUCGUGUUCAAUCAUUACUUGAGGUUCUCCCUAACCGAUUAACGGGUGAUAUAUUGGAACAACUUCGCACUAGCAAGCAAGCAUUGGUUGAAUUGGGAUCUCGAGCUGGGGAUCUAAGGCAGAUGCUGCUUGAUCUUUUGGAAGACACACAGGAAAUACGCAGGAUAUGCAUCAUGGGAAGAAAUUGCACAGUGAACAGAAAUAACAACUUUGUAGAAUGCUCUGUCCCUUUGGACAAAGAAAUUGCAGAGGAAGAGGAGGAAGAAAUUGAAAUGCUUUUGGAAAAUUAUCUUCAGAGGUGUGAAUCCCUUCAUGGUCAAGCUGAAAGGCUUCUUGAUUCCGCCAAAGAGAUGGAAGACUCAAUUGCUGUAAAUUUAAGUUCCCGGAGACUUGAAGUAAGUAAAGUGGAGCUGCUCCUCCAAGUAGGUACCUUCUGUGUAGCUAUUGGCGCUUUGGUUGCAGGCAUAUUUGGCAUGAAUUUGAGGUCGUAUCUUGAAGAGCAUGUGUUUGCAUUUUGGUCCACAACCGCUGGAAUCUUUGUUGGUAUCAUAGUCGGGUUUUUCCUUAUGUAUGCAUAUCUCAAGAAAAGGAAAAUAUUGUAGCUUGCUUGAACGGGAAAUGUGUUAUAGUGGUAACUUGGUGGUCUAUACUCUAUUGCUCCUCCUCCAGGACCGUGAACUCAAGCUCGAUCCUUAUCCCCUCCCCCACCCCCGCCCCCGCCCAUCCAACUAGGUGCAAGUAUUUUUCGACUAAGGAAGGUCAAGUGGAUCCCCACUUUACCAAUGUUAGACAGGGAAGAGUAAAUGUGAAAUGUGCAUCCAGAUUAAUAAGCUCAGUGUUCAGCUGCCUCAUUAAGAUAGCUAACAGUAGCAGAGGUAUGCCCGUAUGGGGGAGGCUGUAAGUUGUAACAGUAGAGUACCUGUAAAUUUGGGCCAUAUUAUUCUUGAGACUGAGGUGAAAGUCUCAUAUAUUUUUCAUUUAACAACAAUUGUUUCUAAAAGUGUUAUGUUGACCUAAUUUCUUGUUAGGGACGGUGAAAUAUUAAGCACUCUAAGGUCUAAAGGUUCAAAAA